CGAUAUCAAGUCGGCCAUGGAAGCAUGCGGCUGGGCCGCUGCAAUCCAAGUAGGACUGUCAGAUGAAUCCUUCGUGUCAGUUCUUGGACAAAUCGUAGCACGGAAGUGCCUCUCACGCUCUGCAGCCCUACCGCGGACCGGGGGAUGCCCAAGCCCACUGUAUGGGGCUCAGAGGAAGGAAAACGGACAAGAACUGCCGACGUACCUGUGAGCUUCCUCCACGAACUCGGUCAUCACUGGCUGUCCACUGUUCCGGAUACCAGCCCCUAUUAGCCCGUUGGUGGCAUGUUGUCAGUGAACCAGGGCAUUCGAGGGGAGCGUGACCCAGAAGGAACAGCAGAAGUCGACUCGAACAUCACUGGACACCUUGCUCACCCAUUUGACCCAAAUAACACCUGACGGUGGGAACGAGAUUCCAUUCUUUGCACCGGGAGAGGGAUACGAAGAGCUGAGGAGAGGAUCUGCAGCCUGGCCUGGCAAGGGAUAUUGUACGUGGGCGUGCGCACCGGAGUCGCAGUCUUGAGGGACUCGGAGGUGGUUCACGUCGAUUGCUUCGCUAAACCCAACCCCCCGCCUAAGCCGCAUCCACAGCCAACAGCCACCACAGGCGCAGGCACUGGCACUGCAUGCACUGCACUGCACCACCAACACAUGAUGGUUGUCACUGCCACUGCCAAUGCCGCUGCCCGUCGCAGUCUCAGAAUGUCGUGUCUGGCUCAGCCCGAGCCCUACUAGGCUCAGCUCCUCCUGCUGAGCAGCACUUUCGUAUUCAGCUCUGCCGGCAUACCAAAGGCAACUCGCUUCCCUGCUUACUACUACAGUGCGUACACAGUUCCAUCGCGCCACAGAAAGUGAAGAAAGUUGCUGUAUGGAGAGGAAUUGGAAUUUCGAAUAGACACCAGCUAGAUAGAUGCCCUGUAUCGGCAAAGCUGCUGGCAGUUGCCCUCCUGUGCAACUCUUGACAUCUUCCAAAGAAGCCCUUCCGCUUGCCCUACCCGGUAUCUAUGGUAUCAAAACCUAUAUUGACUCA